GCGCGAGCGUGCCGUUGUCGCAGCAGUUUGCCGUCAGUUGCCGACCGGAGUUCGAGCUAUUCGUCCGCAGGAGCGCCGUUCCUCAAGUGAUUCGUUUGUGUGUGUGCGCGCAAAAUCGUGCAGCAGUGAGUGUGUCAAUUCGGCCUGCCUUCCCGCUCUCUGCGCUGAUGGACCUCUGAACCUGGGAAGAUGGCCGCCGACUCGGGAAUGGAAACGUGCCCUUCGCCGGAAAUCGCGGACUCCAGGAAGAGACCGCUGGACGGGGACACGGAGAACGGAGACUCGAAGCGGUCGCAUUUUAGCUCAGAUGGAGGUUCUGACGAGGGCAUCGGUAUGACAGGCGGUGAUGGAACCUAUCAUUUCAAACUACUGGUGCCGAGUGUGGCUGCUGGGGCCAUCAUUGGCAAGGGGGGCGAGACUAUUGCCCAACUUCAAAAAGAAACCGGAGCCCGCGUCAAGAUGUCUAAGUCUCAUGACUUUUACCCAGGCACGACAGAAAGAGUGUGUUUAAUCACAGGUAGCGUGGAUGCUAUAAUGGUAGUUUUAGAUUUUAUAAUGGAAAAAAUUAAAGAAAAGCCUGAUUUGACGAAGCCUGUUAUAGAAGCUGGUGAUAGUAAAUUAACUCAAGAGAGAGACAAACAAGUGAAAAUUUUAGUUCCAAAUAGUACUGCGGGCAUGAUAAUUGGCAAAGCAGGAAACUUUAUUAAACAAAUUAAAGAAAGUAGCGGGUCGUACGUUCAAAUUUCACAAAAAGCCAAAGACGUCAGCCUACAGGAGAGGUGCAUAACUGUGAUAGGUGAGAAGGAGCAGAAUAAGCAAGCCUGCACGAUGAUCCUGAGCAAAGUGGUGGAGGAUCCGCAGAGCGGCACGUGCCUGAACGUCUCCUACGCUGACGUCACCGGCCCCGUGGCCAAUUACAAUCCAACCGGAUCACCGUUCGCGCAGCAGCAGCCGACGGGUACGGGCGCAUUCAGCGCAUCCACGGCCAGUCUGAACGGAACGCUCAGCGCAGCAGCCGUGCAGCAAGGGUUGGUACUGAACGGAGCGGGCGCGGCAGGUUUGAGCCUGAGUUUAAAUCUGACGGCGCCUGGGCAGAGUAUCAGCACCGUUACUGCGCAACUGCUCGAUCAUAUUAAGAUACAGCUGAGGAGUACAGGUCUCACCGAUCCCCACAUCGCAGAAAUCUGUGCUGCACUUACCGUUUUGGCCAAAUACGGCAUUCUUGGUGUCGGAUUAGGUUUGGGAGGAGCCCAUGCAGGGGCAUUGCCCGUUUCGAGUUACCUCAGCGUUAUGGAACAAGCUGGAGCAAAUGCCGCCAGCACUGGAGUGUUUGGAGCUAUUGGACAAGUUAGUUUGGGUGAAUGUUUAGGUACGAAUUCGCCAACUCCACGGGCCAGUCUGGAACGGUACGAGUCAGCUUUCGACCCCUUUAGGCACCAAGCAUCGGCCGCCACUGCUCCUAUUUCUCUGAACAAUAACAGUUUUGGUUUGGGUACUAAUCCACAGGUGGCGGUACUGAGCAAAAGCCCUACGCCCGCUGAACUCAAUGGGCAGAAGGAGACGAAAAAUGUAGAAAUUCCCGAAGUUAUUGUUGGCGCCAUUUUGGGUCCUGGCGGUCGUUCCCUAGUCGAAAUCCAGCAGAUCAGCGGCGCCAACAUUCAGAUAUCGAAAAAGGGCAUUUUCGCCCCGGGAACGCGCAACCGCAUUGUCACGAUCACCGGCAACCAGCAUUCCAUCUCGACUGCGACUUACCUGAUCGAGACGCGCAUCAGCGAGGAGGAGAUGAAGCGGGCUCGCAACAACGGCCUCGGCACCCUCACGAUGCAGUGAUAGCGGCGACGCGUGCAGGCGUAGACGCGACGUCAGUCUACGCAUCAGUCGGUGCACCGUUUGCGCAUCGGUCUUGUUAGCCGACUGCGCAGCUACUCGCCGACCGCUCCUUUAUAUAUACACACAUACUAUUUGUAUAUGAUUUUUUCCCUUAUUUUGUUUUUGUGGCGUAGAUUAUUAUUGUUUUAUUUUUUCGUACGUUAAAAUUUUAAAGUGUUUUAAAUGAAAAUAAAGUAUAUUGUUACGAAACCGUGAA